AUGCCACAUCUCCUUUCUAUUCCUCAAACUACGGGCUGUCAUGUGUUACCUCUAGCCUGGGGACCAUGCUCUCCGAUAGCAACUGAAAAAAUUGCGGUGACUGCUGAAUUCGGUGAGGAAAUAUUCCCAUCAUCGGUGCUCGUUGGCAUCGCUGCAAUCAUGUCAACUGACUUUGGAAGUCAAACGUCAACGUUAUCUGUUCAAUUAAUUCAUAGCGAUGCUUCAAUUACUACUCUUCAA